AGUCACAUGCUGUCGCUAGGAGAUUUUCUUUAUCGAUCGGCAAUCUCUUGUGUGUCAAUUUUAUCAAUCGACACGUUUACUAUAAAAUCAUACGAGUGGGCGGAUAAUCCAGCAUUACCAAUCACCGGAAAUUCAGGGAAGAUGAAGUUCCUAGUUGUACUUUUUGCUUUGGCUUCCGUUGCCUUUUCGGCUCCACAGCCUAGGAAGAUCUUCCACGAGAACUAUGAGGACUUCAUGGAUGUGAUCUCGAAGAUCUCCGGUGACGAGAUCGCUCAUAUCAUGUCUCAUUACAACGAGUACGAAGAGUUCCAGACGACCUUGACUUAUUUGAGCACUGCCGAUUUCAAGAAUCUGGUCUAUGAAAUGGAAUCGCUGCCCGAAUUCCGCGAUGUGCUCGAUUUCUUGGAAGGCCACAGCAUCGACAUAAAUUAUUUCAUCGACUACUUCAACGAAGUAUUAGAAAAUCCUGACUUCGAUGGCAACCGGCGAAGUGCUCGCCACGAAACCAGUGGCCGUGAUUUCAGCUCUUUUAUCCGGGAUGUUACCGCUAUACUGCCUAAGGCCGAGCUGGCCGCACUUUACGACCAGAAGAUGGUCGAGGACGAAGACUUCAAGGCAGCAAUGGAGGGACUACAGAGUGAGGAAUGGGAGCAGGUUUUCGACGUCUUGUGGGCGAGCGAAGUGUUCCAAGUCGAAGUGAAAACAUUAGCUGACAAUGGAGUCGAAAUGGACCUCCUCCUCGACCAACUCGUCGCUGUAUUUGGCCAAAAUUAAACGUCGUCACCGUCGCCGCGCGUAAAAUCGUAAUUGUUGUAAUAAAACUGUUUAUGUAAAACUU